ACGGCACGAACGUGAAGGCCGUAGUCGAAGCGCGAAGCGCGGAUAAGUUCAUUAUUCCCAAAUUUAUUCCACCUUCGAGGGUAUCAUAUUUUAUCAUUAAUAAUGCGUGGCACACUUUAAAUGACGUCCGUUCUACGCUUUCUGAGGCGAGCUUUACAGAGUCAUAAUUGUCACCAGCACGCGUCACUUCAUGUUCAGCCUGCUAAUGUGACUUUCUCUGCUGCCACAGUAGAAGUACUUCCUUACCUCCUUGUCUGCGCAGCGUCACUGCUUGGUCUCUCAGGAUGCCUUCCUCGGGGUAUUGAAACACCCAAACGAAGAGACGGGCACGACACCGCAUGGAAUGCCAUCGCGUGCUCUCAGCCACGCGCGUCAUCGGUAGCUGAAGAGGGGAAACGUGCUUUUUCAUUUCUUACUCCCGAAUAUCGCAGGAACGUCUUCUUCAUAUACGAGAAGCGUCUUCGUGUCCAUAGCCCACCCGAGAAGGUCUUCGAUUACUUUUCGUCAGUAAGAAACAAUUGCGGUUCGUUUAUGACUUCCUUGGACCUCAUGCGCGCUGCUGUACCCGUAUUUCAGCCGUUGAGCUCGAGUCACGUUAGGAGUGGAUUUCUUGGAGGAGAACGGAGAGAAGACGACGACGAUAGCGGUGUUCCUUGUUUCGUUCAGGUUUACCCUCAAUCCGACUUUUUCAAAUUGUUUGACACAGAUGGUGACGGUUUGAUCUCAUUUCCAGAGUAUCUCUUUUUCAUAACACUGUUAUCACUCCCAGAAAGUCAUGUCAAAACGGCUUUUCAGCAAUUUGACGUGGAUGGGAGUGGACACCUUUGUCGCAACGAAUUCAUUGAUAUGAUGAAAGUGAUGAGGCUCUCGACUAGUCGACCAAAGGCAACUGGUUAUAGAACCGGCAUGAAGGCAACAGAUAUUCACGACAUGAGCGUUGGCUUGUUACAGUAUCUUUUCGGUGAUCUAGGUAAAGAACACAGGCUCAGCCUUCAUCAAUUUGAAACAUUUCUGCACCAACUUCGAUCAGAGAUAGAUAAACUUGAGUUUACGCACUAUGACAACACUAAUACUGGAUCUAUUAGCUUACAAGACUUCGGUUUCAGUGUGGUGGCAGGUGCAGACGUGCUGAAAUUACAAUACUUUAUUGAACGCGCUUCAAAACUCGCUUCAAGGGGCAUUUAUUCCUUGGAUGAGAGAGUAAGCAGAGAACAGUUCUUGGCUUUUUGUCGACUGCUCAAGCACGGAGGCACAAAAUUUCAGGAAAUGAUAAAGGCACACGUUCGCGCUGGGUCACAGCUUGAUAAAGUAAAUUUUAUGAGGUUUGCAAAGGACUGUGGUGAGCAUUUAAGUGAAGCACAGAUAGACGUAAUUUUCUUUAUCUUUGACACAGAUGGAGAUGGACUUCUGAGCCCUGAGGAACUCCUUCACGUGACGUGUAGGUGGGAUUGAGAGAAUAUGCUGAGCUCCAUUAAACGAUGAUCACGAUGAUUCAUCAUAAACUCUUUUUGGUUUUAAUGUUCAGCACCUUUUGCGUGAUAAAAAAAGUCAUGUUCUCUACCUUGCGACUACUUACCUGUGCAUAUUAUGGGAAGCUAAUAUCUUUUCUUUCAACACACACUUUGCCGAGGAAAACGGUGGCCGCUCAUCUGAACAGGUCUAUUCUCGAUUUUGACGACUAGGCACACCGUGUUUCGUUCGCCAUCAUGAAGGGUUCAAUCAGAACAAAAGAAAUGUUAGAAAACUAUUAAAAAACGCUGCUUUGUUCGAUGAACUAUUCAAUUACUUUGUCGUCGUAAAUCCAGUACUUCCAUGGGACAAAUUUCAACAUCAAUAAAGAUAAUCUGAAAUACAUGUAAACGCUUAUAUUAUUCCCUACUUAGGCAGGUGCCUUCUGCAGAGUAAAGAGGCGAAAUUCUCGUGCCUGAACGAAGCAAGUUAACAGGGCUACAGUGCUGUGCUAGAAACAUUUCUGGUGUUUUGACUGACUUAUCAUGAACUGUGAACAAUACCAGAGCCAGAUCUGGUUCUAUCAGAUGAAAUUCGAAAGUUUCAUUGAAAAAUGGUUGUGCAUCUGACGUGCGACUGUGGCUAGUGGAAACCGAGCUUGUGCAUGACUUGAAGUCUUUCACGUUCCCAGCAAUAGUAAUGCGGACAUAAGUUUGAGGAGCACUUGCAUGAGUUCUGUGCUCGAGAAUUUCCCAGCCACUGCCAGCAAUAAUUGUAAUAGUGAGUACACGGGUAGGCUCUGACGGUGCUGGAACGCUAGGAUCAAUAAGAUAUUCUGGCUUGCGAACGAAACCACAACCUCCAUUUGCGACAAACU